AACUUCCAAACGCAUAACACAUAUUCAAUUAUCCGCUCCAGUUUUAGAAAUUCCCAAAUAUCACAAGUUUCCUCCCUUCACGACCGGUGUAAUUUAUACAUUUGGUCCUUCGAACCGGAUCGGUGAAAGGAAGCAUUACGUGCAGUGAAACUUGCAGCAGGACACUACGUGUUCACAGAUUUGGGAAUAAACGGAACUACGUACCGUUUAUGUACAGUGGUGAUUCAAAGUGUGAUAUUUCUCCGUUUAAACCCGUUGUGUUUUUCAUUUCCUUUGGUUGCCCCGCUAUCACGGGCAAAGGAGACGUUUGUGAAGUGUUCGUGAAGAUUACAUCGUGUCACGAACAAGGAACAGAAAAGCGAGUGUGUAGUUCGAUCGGAACGCGUAAGAAAACCGACGCCACCCACGCCAUUUCAAAUUUGGCACCCAUAACUGCAACGACACCCAUUGCGUUUUCAAAUUUGCGCCAUUCGAAAUUUGGUUUUGCGUACAAGUUGCAUCCAAGUUACAGUGAGAUUAUCCUACGCGCCAAAAAUUCAAAGAGAAAAUGGCGAAACAAUUAAAAGCGUUUCAACUGAAAAAACGCCAAGCUGCCGAGCUAAUUAAAACCGUGGAACAGUUCACCAGUGAAUAUACCGAUGAUAGAGUGAGUGAAGUAUCAGUGUGUCUAGACCAGCUGGAAAGGUAUUACGAAGAUUUUCUCCAGGCAAGCGCGAAAGUUUCGGAGCUAGAUGAGGAUGGGGCGGAAACGUAUGUGGCGGAACGUUGCGAAAUGGACACGCGUUACCGACGCGUGAAGGGUUUCCUUCUACGAAGGCAACCCUCGAACCCGGGUGUGAGUGAUUCGGUGUUGAUCGCGAAUUCAACGAUGAAUACUACGGGACGAUCGAGUGCUGUGAAUGUGCGUCUGCCGAAAAUCGAAUUACCUACGUUUGAUGGUGAUUCUACCAAGUGGCUUACUUUCCGGGACCGAUUUGUAGCUAUGAUUGAUUCUUCCGCGGACAUUCCUAACAUCAUGAAGCUGCAAUAUCUGCUGUCGUCGUUAAAGGGUGAUGCUGGAUUGCUCUUCGAGCAUACCACCUUAACAGCAGAUAAUUACGACGUGACGUGGACUGCCUUGCUGAAGCGAUACGACAACCCGCGUACGCUUGUUCGCGAGUACUACCGGAAGAUUCAUCACCUACCGACAGUGAGCCGUGAAAGGGUGGAUGAAUUGGCGCAGCUCGUGGAUGAAUUCACGCGGCACGUGAACGGGCUGAAGAAACUCGACGAGCCCGUUGAGUACUGGGAUACGCCGCUCGCCAACCUCUUGCUGAUGAAACUGGACACGGCGACCAUCUUGGCUUGGGAAAACCAUUCAGCACAGCACACGAAAGAUAAGUACAAGGAGUUAGUAGAUUUCCUUCAUAGUCGUGUCCGAAUCCUUAAGUCAACGCGUGAGUUUUCCCAUACUGAACUAAAUACGAGAAUGGUGGCCGGUAGCAAAAAAAUAUUCGAACAUAGACCAAGGUUGGUGGGUAACACAGCGACGGCAGGAAGAGCAAUACCGCAUAUGUCAGCGCCACAGCCACCACAACCACCGUGCAUUUUUGGUUGCACGGAGGCUCACCAUUUGCGGGUUUGUCCGGAAUUCGCAAAUAAGGACGUACCCCAACGGCGGGAAAUCGCAACACGAGAACGGCUGUGUUGGAAUUGCCUGAAUCGUCAUCACCAAGUGAGGGAUUGCCGCUCGUCGUACCGGUGCACUACGUGCAAGGCACGACACCAUUCACUACUACAUGUGAAUUCAGCGGUGACCAUGGCUGCGCAAUCCGAUGAGGAAAUGGUUCUUCUGGAAACGGUCCUUCUCCAGCUCGUGGAUGAUCACGGCAACACGUAUGAUGCGCGGGCACUUCUCGAUUCGGGAUCGAUGUGCAAUUUCGUUUCCGAAACCAUGGCGCAGCGAUUGCUAACACCGUUGUCAAAGGUAGACGUUGCCAUAUCUGGUAUAGGGCAACAGAUGCAGCACGUCAAGGGUUCCAUUACAGCGGCCGUUCAAUCGAAAGGGGCUGACUUCUCUACAACAAUGGAAUUUCUUGUACUAAAGACUCCGUCGGCAGAUCUUCCAACCACACCGAUAAACGUAGAGUCGUGGUUCCUCCCGAAUAUAAAAUUGGCUGAUCCUACUUUCCACGUCCCCGGAAAGGUAGAUGUGGUUAUUGGCGGUGAUACAUUUUGGGAACUACACACUGGAAGGAAGCGGUCACUGGGCGAAGGAAAACCAUGGUUGUUGGAGACACCGUUUGGAUGGGCGAUCUCUGGGAAUACUUCCCGUUGUUCUGGGCCCAAUUUGCGGUUGUGUCACCUGGCAACCAAUGAAGGUGACAUUGCAGCUUCGCUACAACGGUUCUGGGAGGCUGAGAGCAUUUUAGAAGGCCCUGCGUUGUCUUUGGAAGAAGACCUGUGUGAGAAGUAUUAUGCUUCCACGACUACGCGAAAUGCUCAAGGUCGCUAUGUCGUGUCGUUGCCGCGAAAUGCCAAACCGGAGAAAGUCCUGGGUUUGUCAACCCGGCAAACAAUUCGGGUCAGUUUGUAGGUGAGGGCUAUUACCGAUAUGUGCAGUGCCGUGGAAUAACAAAAAUUGCUUCAAAAAAGCUGUGUGUGUGGCUGAUACUCCAGCAUCUUCCCAAUAUGUGUGUAAACAACGCCAAGAGUAUUACUGUUUUGUGAUCAUCAUAUUUGAUUCGGAUUGCACAUUACCGGGCAGAAAAAGCUUCAAGCAACCAAUUUUGUACAGCAUCCGCACGCUGUAUGAAGGUGUAAAACAAAUUUUCAUCUGUAAGAUGCUCUUCAAACCUGUCCAGUGACUCUUCAUUGCUUAUAUAUUGCAUCGGGAUGGUUUAAGCAUUGCGUCGCACGCCUUUCAUCGGGUGUAUUGUGGCCACUACAUCCAGUUUUAAUAAUGAACAUUGUGAACAAAAAUCGUGCCCAGGACAAGUUCUUUUUGCUUGAAUUAACUCUGUGUUCUUAUUUACAUGAAUAGAUACGGUGGACGGAUGAAUGCUGCUUGCUGACGACUGCUCUUCGUGAAAUGUUGAUCCCGGUGAUGAAACACACGGUUCCGGUGUCAUGCUUGGUGACGGCUGACGGGAACCUUGAUGCACGACAGUCGUUUUUGCCGGUCGCGCAAAGUCAUGCGCGCAUGAACCAGCAGCUGAAGCAACAGACGAUUUCGGCGUCGCACUUGUAGUUGGCUGCGAUCCUUGCAUUUGUUCGUCAAACGAUCCUAACGAUCACGGAAUGCCAUCCACGGAUCCAGCCGCACGCACUUGUGGUCAGCUGCGAUCCAUGCGAACGCUUUAACGACAUUGUCGCUAGUGGAGCAACACGCACGGAACUAGCAGGCACAAGUAUCGCUUUCGUUGAGGGCUGCGAUCCUCGCUUUUGUUCCAUCGAUCCUGCCGGACGCGUAGCGAUAUCCACGGAACCAGCAGUGAGAGCAGUAGAAGAUUCCGACGUCGCAGACGAUCCUGCCGGCCGCGGAAUGACACGCAUGGAACCUGCAGCGGGAACAAAUGCCGAUCCUCGCUUUUGUUCCACCGAUCCUGCCUGCGUAGCGAUAUCCAUGGAACCAGCAUCGGGGGCAAGAGACGGUUCCGGCGUCGGUCUUGAUGACGUUCGCGGUCCAAAAACACGGACGAUCGCUCCUGUGGAGCAUAACACAGCCGAAGGCAGUUGUUGCAGUGCAAAAAGGCGCCCUUUCUUUGGUGGUUCCGACAUUAUAUUUUGGCUGAAAUAAUCAAUCGUUUUAUUAUUUUUUAUGUGAAACUGCUGAGUUGAAUUUGAAUGCUGCACGCUGAGUGUUUAUGUUUUCAGCUGUGACUUUGAAUAAAGGGUAACAAUCACACGCACAA